CUCCACAGUCGCUCUUGUUCACCGCCGAAAUGCCGUACUUCAAGUAUGACCCUGUGUCGGCCAAGUCGUGGGGCGACGAACAUGCCCAAGACACCCAAGCCGCACAUCCCUUUAUGGGACCCGUUGACAUUACCGAAGACGACAACAGCUUCACCUUUGUGACGGACUGCCCCGGCCUGUCAUCCAAGGACGUGCAUGUGCGCGUGACCAGUGACCUUUUGCAGAUUAGCGGUGAGCGCACCCCGCGCACCCCGGACCAAAACGAGAAAGUUCAUCGCAUGGAGCGCAGCAUGGGCAAGUUUUGCCGCACCUUCCGCCUGCCCACGGCCGCCGAUCACGAGCAGAUCACAGCCAACUGCGAGCAUGGCGUGUUGACCAUUCGCGUUCAAAAGAACCUCAAGCUGGAGCAAGAGCAACUUGCCUUGGCCGACAAGGAAGCCGAAGUUGAAGGCGACGGCUCCCUGAACGAGGACUUUGCUGGCGUGCCCAUGACCAUCUUCCCGACCCCUGCCCUGGGCAAGAUUAUCAUCCUCCGCUCCGACAUGUCCAUCCUGGAGGCCGUCAACCUGCUCAGCGAUAACCACAUCCUUUCGGCGCCCGUUCGCGACGUCGAUCAGCCUGACGACGCGCCCUGGGACUCUAUGUACAUUGGCAUCCUUGACAUGAUUGGUGUGGUAUUCCACAUGCUUCAGGUCCUCGACGCUGACGAGUCCCAAGGCGACUUCAAGGAGGACAUCUCCCAGGUGGAGCGCUUCCGCAACACCUCUGUCAAGGAAGCCAUCUCGUACUCGCGCUUUGGCCCCUUCAUCCCCGUCGACAUGGACGCCGGCAAUCUGCUCGACUGCAUGCUGCUGGCUGGCCACCAUGGCGUGCGCCGCAUUCCCGUCGUCAAGACUCCCGGAGGCGGUCUGACCAACAUUAUCACCCAAUCGGCUCUUGUGCAGACGCUCUCUGCCAACCUUUCCCGCUUCACCUCAGUUGGUGGCAAGACCCUCCGCGAUCUUGGUCUCGGCAAGGCUGGCCGCCUUUUCACCGUCAACAUCAACCAGCCCCUCCGCGAGGCCUUCCGCCUCAUCCGCGACAAGGACAUUUCCGCCGUUCCCGUGGUGCAGGACGAUGGUCGCAUUUGUGGCAACAUUAGCGCGCGCGACGUUCGCCUCAUCGUCUCCUCGUCCAAGAUCUACAAGCUUCUUGACAUGUCCAUCAAGGCCUACCUUGACGUGGUGACGGCAGGCAAAGAAAACAAGGCCGUCGUCUGCGGUCCCGAUGACACUAUGGAGGACGUCAUUCGCAGCCUCGUCGAGAGCCGCAUCCACCGCAUCUACGUUGUCGAUGGCAAUGAUCGCCCCCUGCGCGUCGUUACGCUCCGCAACAUCCUCAAAAAAUUUGUCAAGGAGCCUCACGGUUACUUUGGUCGCUACUUCUCCAGCGCGUACCCUGCCUAAGUUUGAUUGUACCCAAAGGCGGCGUUGAUGAGUCGCCUAUCUCUGGUCUCCCGGACUGCCGUGCAGUCACGGCGCUGCCCAGAGUGGAGGCUCCAUGCAUAGCAAUGCGCAUCCAUAUCAGUGUUUCGUUUUGUUUUUGUUGUGUGUCCAGGACACGCUACUUUCUUCCGCUCUAGUCUCUCCUACCUCACAUGCCAGCGUGUGUGAUGUUGACAUGUUUCUUUGCGUGUGUGUGUUUGUGUGUCAUGUCGACAGAGUUUUAUCCUAAUUAAUAAUGGUAAAC